UGUAGUAGUUGUGUGACGUUUGUCCAAGAAAUAAUUUUCCCGUUAUGUUUAUAAUAUUUUGUAUAUUAUCGAUGUUUUAGUGAAUUAAUUUCCUUAUAUUUGUUCUAAUUAUGUUCCAUUAAACCCAGUAUUGUUUUCGGCUGCAAAAAUGAUGGAUCAAUUCGCAUUAGACCCCUACGAGCAGCAGCUCUUGAAAGUGUUCGACAGCCACGACAGGGACAACUGCGGUAGCCUAGACAGAGAAGGCCUAACCCAGCUCUGCCAAACCCUGCAACUGGAAGAGCAAGGCAGCGAACUCAUAAAAUGUCUCCUCAAAGACAAACACUCCCGCGCCACAUUUACAGAGUUCAGAGAUGCGCUCUUGGCUUUGUUGGGUAAUAUGCAAAAUAAUAAGAACACGAAGAACGAGGAAAUUAUUGCGGAAGAGGAAAAAACGUCACCGGAACGCGAGGUCUCUCCGAAAUUCGUGUACGGGUCGAAGAAGUAUGGCCGUAGGUCACGACCGAGAAACGACGAAAUUACUCCGAUUUAUAACGAACAAAACGACAUUAGUUUAAGUAAAUCUCCGAACAGUGUGUCAGUGCAGAGGUCUAACUCUCAAACCGAGGUAUCUUCGAAGAAGAGGAAGCCGAAUUAUAAGCUAAAGCGAUGUACUUCUUUACCCGGAAAAAACGAUUUGUUAUUUAAUAACAGUUUGUUAGACAAUACUUUUGUAACGUCUCAUACGUUGUCCUCGGAACCUGAACUAGUCUGUACCGAAGAUAUGCUGAGGGAGGCUUGGAAAAAGUUAGGAGUGGGGGAAGACGGCUACCUCAACCAAACCGAACUUAUUUUAGUUUGUGAUGCUAUUGGAUUGCACAAACUAGCCGAUGGAGUAAUCCGACAACUGUCUGAUAAACUGUCUUUGAACUACGACCACAAAAUCAGCUUUCAGGAGUUGUUGGAGACCCUACAACAAGACGAGACUUGGUACGACGUCUUAAACCAAACCCCAUUGAAUAAUGAGUCUGUAGUGCACCGGUCGUCGGAUAACUUGUUUCCGGAUUCCCGUACAUUUCAAUUUGUCACCUUAGGACCGGACGGCAACGGAAUUAUAAAUACCGAUGUCCUCAUAGAGAUGUGGGAGAGCAUCGGGAUACACUCGCCGAAAGAAUUAAUACACGAUUUAGGUUUCAAUGUGAGACGGAUUAGCAUCGUGGAACUGGCGAACGUUUUGGACAAACAAAUCAAGGGUAUGAAUGAAGCGACCAGAUCGGAAUACCAAAGCCCCCACAUCACUUUAUUACAAGCGAAUCUAACGCUGUACCAGGCAGAAAUAAAAUGUUUGAAGAAUGUUCUGGAGCAGAUGCAUGCGGAACGUGAAAAAUUAAAGUGUGAUGUCUUCGAAGCAAACAAUAGAGCGACUCUUUUAGCUCAAGAAGUGGACGACAAUCAUUUGCGGAUGGAACAGAACACUCUGAACCAAGUCAAGUUGUUAGAGCAACGGCAUACCGAUAUAUUGAGGGACGUCACAGCACAAUACUCUAAGGAUAAAGAACAGUUAUCGGCGAUAAACCAGUCCUUGGAGAACCGGAUAUCUAGUCUGGAACAGGAAACGACCAAACUGAAAAACGAUUUGCUAGUGGCUCAAAAGUACUCGAUAAACGUCGAGAAAGAAAACCAAACAUUAUCGAGCAAGAUAAGCGAUCUCCAAAAAGACAGAGAACUCCUAAACGAGCAGAUAACCGUCCUGGAAAGUGAAAAGCAGAAGUUCAGUGAUAGGGAACGAGAGGAGAGUGAGAUCCUCCUUGUAAAACUAACCGAGCUGCAGCUGGAGAACUCCCAGUUGAAGGACAAGAACGACGAGAUGGUCUCGGAAAUCGAAAGUCUCUCUAAUCAGGUGGCCAUUAUGCGGACGAAAACGUCCAGUACGCCCACGCCCAGCUUCAACACUCUGGAUCAGUCGAUGGACGAAAACAUUUCGAUAAUUUGUGAAGGUGUCGGUGUGGGUGCGAAGCGGAGGAGUGACUAUUCGCCCAGCAAGGACGUCAAUCUUUUCAGCAUAGCUGAUGGUAGCCCCAGGUUGGGCAAAGUCAGGAAGUUCCACAAGUCGAAGUGUGAAAACAUCGAAGUGCCCUUCACGUCCAGCGAGAGCGGUUUCGACACAGAAGUCGAGUGCUACGAUUCGUCCCUCUCGAUAUCUACCAACGAGAAUGAAGAGAUCACCCGUUUACAGGCCAAGAUAGCUUUCCUUGAGCAGAUCCUCACCCAAAACAACAUCCCAGUGCCUACGAGUGAGCCCAAGGAUCCCGACAAGGAUUCAAAGUCAGACACUUGUCAUCUGGCCGACAGAGUGAGACAGCUGGAACAGAUAAUUAACGAGGUGAAAGCAGAAAUGGGCAAGAUGAUAGAAAGGGACUGCGUAAAUUGCGACAACCUUCGGAAUGUUAGCCAGAAGCUGGAACAUACUCUAUUGGGAGAGAACGAAGUGAACGACACUUUUAAGUGCGAGAAAUCAUUGACUGACGCUAGCUUGCAGACUGACUCUGAAUUUGUCGACUCGUUCGAGGAAAAGGUGAUUAAAUUGGAAAAGGAAAAUAAAGAAUUGUGUGCCAAGUGUAGUGAGUUGGAAAAUUGCGUGGAACUUUUACGGAACGAGUAUGAAAAGUGCGAGGACUACUGGCAGAACAAAGUGGACGAGGAACGACAAAUGUUCGAAGCCGAACAAAAGGUGAAUACCGAGAAAUUAACGGACCUGAUAAUUAAGAUGAGGGAGUAUGAAGAACAGUAUGCAAAUCAGGACAUUGUUGACACGAGGUUACCGACAAUAGAAGAAACUUACAACUUAGAGAAACAGUUCACUGAUUUAGAACAAGAAUUCGAGGACUACAAGGCGUACAGCGAAAACGAGAUUUUCAAAAGAGACGAAGAAAUCUCCAUCCUCAAAGACAAACUAACGGAGCUUGCCAUGAGGCAACAGCAAGUCACCGAGGCUGCGAUUCAGGUCAAUUUCGAAUCCGAAGAGAGACGAAUCCUCAAUAAAAUGCGAAACUUCUCGAGCUACGUUAUAGAAAACACCAGCCGGUUCUCUGAAGAAAUGCUACCCCCAGCCUCUGUAACUUCUCCACCGCCAAACAAUGUGGACUACGUCAAUCAGAGUCUGACCUGGGAACAGCAGAGCAUCCCCGCUACCAAAUCCGAGUGUUCAGAGAUAUCCGCGAACUCCAAUUCACUGCCGUUGAAUUGGAACUUCACAAAUAACAAGAAGACUCAACCCAACGCCCCGUCUACCUCGUCAAGUUCUACGGGUCUGGAGAAGACGCCUUGCCGGCCGAAGAGGACCCGUAAACAUGACAAAAACAUGUAUAAGAAGAAUAAUCAGGAGAAGGAGGUUAAAAAGACUGAGAAUGUGAACGUUGCGCCGCAGCCCGAUUGGAAUAGUUUCCAAAACUUCCAGAAGGGCAACAGUGAAAAGACGAUUCUCCUGCCGUUAAGCUCGUUCCAUAACCUUAACGGCAGGAAGAAUUAUCUGGAACAAAGGGUCAGGCAUCUGCAGGUGUGCAUCAAGCAGCAGCAUUACUGCAACGAGCAGACAUUGCAACAUUAUUGGCAGCAGUUCAGGGGAGAACGCGCCGACCUCCACACAAAACUGAAAUACCUCCAGGAGAAGUUGGACCAGCAAAUACGCAUCAGCAACGAUCAACUGGACAAAUUAGAAAGGACGGAUCUACUAGUCAAAGAUCUCUACGUCGAAAACUCCUACCUCAUCGCCAGCGUGCAGAGGUUGGAACAGCAGUGCCACAUGCUGGCUCAAUGCUCUAACACCAGUUCGGUAUAAGCAUUACGGUGCCUAAAUUUGCCUGUUUUUAACCUUUAGCUAAAGAUGACGCUACAUUGAAGGGAUUCAGAUGUCGAUAUUGAUGUACUAAUCCGGGGUUGAAUUUUGGAAACCUGUGUCGCCGUCUGUAUUUCUAGAGAAACGUUGUUCAGAAUAUUUUUCGAGCUAUUGAGCUGGCACUCCAGAAUGGUAGUACAAAAUUAUUUUUGUAUUCUGCCGCAUUUGUAUAUAUCUUUGGGAGAAACUGAGUGAGAGAUAGUCCUUUAGGAUUUGUAUAGUAGUGAGCUGUAUUUAAUUUUAAUAUUCUAAGUGUUCUUUGCCUUUGCGGAGGUACGGAUCUGAUAUAGAAAAAUAUCUAUUACUGACAUACCUGAAUAAGUUAGUGAUUUUUUCUAGAUAUAACUGUUAUAUUGUACUAG